AUGAGUAGGGAAGAGUUAAAAAAAGUAAAACAAAGCCUUUGGGAAAGUGCCAUAAAGUUGAGAGUAGGACUUGGUGGAACUCAUACUUGUGCAGAAAUUUGUCUGAAUCUAAUUUUUCUCAAAUAUAUUACGGAUAAAUCAAAACAAGAAUUUGAAGAAGAGAAGAAAAACUUUCCUGAACAACUUGCUCAAGAUGAAGAUUAUUUAAGAAAUUGUUGA